GAAAUCGAGUCUGACAGGAACUCAGUGAACUUUGUUUUCAUGUGACACCGCUUCAUUUUACACAUUUAGUUCGCGUCUUUACACGGAGGAAACUUUAUAAACCCAUGGAAUAAAACUCGUAACAUGUGGACAUGAUGAGAACGAGACAGCUGGAACAAGAACUCAGCUCAGUACUGACAGCUGAAUGCUUUUGCUCUGGAGUGUUGACCAACUUCACUAGUUGUUUUGCUGUUAGCUGUAAUUUUUAGCAAUGCUACACAAUAACAGCAUAACAUAGUAACUUGGUUGUUACCUACGUUACCUGGUAACUUGGUUGUUAACUUGGUUGUUACCUUAGUUACCUGGUAACUUGGUUGUUACCUAAGUUACCUGGUAACUUGGUUGUUACCUUAGUUACCUGGUAACUUGGUUGUUACCUAAGUUACCUGGUAACUUGGUUGUUACCUUAGUUACCUGGUAACUUAGUUGUUACCUGGUAAUUUGGUUGUUACCUAAGUUACCUGGCAACUUGGUUGUUACCUUAGUUACCUAGUAACCAGGUUGUUACCUUAGUUACCUGGUAACUUGGUUGUUACCUGGUAACUUGGUUGUUACAUAAGUUACCUGGUAACUUGGUUGUUAACUGGCAACUUGGUUGUUACCUUAGUUACCUGGUAACUUGGUUGUUACCUGGUAACUUGGUUGUUACCUUAGUUACCUGGUAACUUGGUUGUUACCUGGUAACUUGGUUGUUACAUAAGUUACCUGGUAACUUGGUAGUUACCUAAGUUAACUUGGUUGUUACCUUAGUUACCUGGUAAAUUGGUUGUUACCUAAGUUACCUGAACUAUUAUGAUCGUUGCGGAGAAACCUGCCUCCGGAAAAAUGAAUGUCAUCGGAUUCCCCCGACUCCUGAUGAACUUUGGGCUCAAUCCUGUAGCUUUGGCUUUUGCCAUGACUACACUGGGAUCUGGCAUGAUAAACAACAUAUUCAGCUUCUACUAUGUCAAACUCUAUCUCAAUAAGUUCAAGAUAUCAGAGGGAGCGUUCCACCAAUCACAAGUGGUGUACAUGUUGUGGAAUGCAAUCAAUGACCCUCUCUUUGGCUACCUGCAAGAUAACUCCAGGAUGGCCUGGUGCUCUCAGCGACGUCUCUUUAUCCUGUAUGGUGCUCCCUUCUACUCGCUGGCUUUUCUUCUGGUCUGGUUCCCGUGGCGGACCUACGCCCCCGGCGACUGGUUGAGCGGCGUACAAUUGAUGGUGGCGCUGUGUGCUUUUGAUGGCAUGCUGACUUUUGUGUUGCUGAUACAUUGCGCGUUGUCUGCAGAGAUUUCCAGCAACCAUCAGAACCGACUAAGACUUAUAAAGUACAGCCAGGUGGCUUCUCUCAUUGGCUCCUCCAGCGUCCUCUUCUGCGGUGUGCUGUCCAAUAACAUGAACGACUUCGCGGCCUUCCAAGGCUUCACAGUACUGAUCGCUAUCCUGGGCUGUGUCUGCAUGCUCUACACGGGGUUCCACGCUGAGAGCCGCUUCGAUAACAAAGGAUCAGAUUCACAGAAGAUGGCUGACCAGACUCCGCAUCAGUCAGCGUUUUCCUUCUCCACGUUGAAAACGUUGACGUGGCAAAUUAUAAGCAUCAGGGACUUCCAGCUUUUUGUGUUCAUGAACUUCUUCCAAGUUUUCUUGUUAGCUUUCUUAAAUAAUUUUACCAUGAUAUUUGCUGAGCACCUGAUUCCUCCAGAUGUGCUUCCAUCACUGGCCAAGAGCAUCAUGUACGGAGCGGGAUUCAUCUGUCCACAGCUGUUAGUGUUGAGCUGUCAGAGUCUGCUCCAUGGUUUUGGCUACUACAGGAUCUUCCUCCUCACCUUCUACUUAGAGGCUGGAAUGGCAGCCACCAUGCUCGCACUGGGUCCUCAGCACUACUAUAUCCUGGCAUUUUUCCUCACCGCUAAUAUGAUCAUAACCCAAGCAUCCUGCAGUCUUUUUAACUUGCCAGUGGCUGACAUCAUUGACACAGAUAUGCAGAAGUACAAGCGGAGUACCCCUCUCUCCUCCAUGGUCUUUGGGACAAAUGCUCUGUUCACUAAGCCGGCUCAGUCUCUGGCCCCAAUGAUGGUGCUUACCAUCCUCAACCAGUUUGGAUAUCAAAACCUGAAGGACGCAGGAAAGGAUUCAGAUCCAAGCGCCUCGGCGAGCCUCGACAGUGUCAUGUUCUACUUGGUGUGUCUGGUGCCCUUGUGUAUCGCUGCUCUGCAAGCCCUUGCAUGGAGGCAGUUUUCCAUACGCAACAGCCACACAGUUGACUCAAAGUACGUUGACAGCUAAGUUCAAUAUUUUCAGCAUUUUUUGUUGAUAUUUCUUCAAAUGGGAUUUGCGGAUUUUCUUUAUUGAUAAGUAUGAGAUUAUGUUCUGUCAUUGUAUAUUUGAAGGAAUCCAGGGUUAUACUGUUCUGAUGCAGCUUAUGAAUAUAUAAACUGCAAAUGCAACAACUGUAAAGCACUUUGUCGUCUGACAACGUCAGGACACCAAGUAGAUAAAAAUCCAAAUAUUGGAAGAGAUUGUAAAUGUCGCAACUUAAAGGGAUAGUUCGGGUGUUUUGAAGUGGGGUUGUAUGAGGUACUUUAUUUUUUUUAUCUUGCCAUCAGACAGCCCUUUCCGACGGGGAACUGAACUGAAAAUGAAACUUAUGACUGAAAAUAUUCUAAAUUUAUUUCUCUUUGUCAAAAUGUUUUUCUGAAGUUUGUCUUGCAUCUGAAGACGUACACUGUUUCACAUUCAUAACGAAACACAACAUUUAACCAAACAACAAAACAAAUACCACAAAUAUUAUUACAU